AUGGCGGCAAGGGAUGAGGCGCAGGCCCUCCACGAUCCUGCAAUCGUCGAGCGGAUCUAUUCUUCAUGCGGAUCUCCUCCGCGAGAUCCCCCUAUCGUCAGUCCUGCUCGUGCGCCAUACCAGGAUCCAAACUUAGAGACUGCUCUUCGCGUAGAGGAUCUUCUCUCUCGGAUGCCCAUGCGGGAGAAGAUGGCUCAGCUUAUGCAAGGAGAGUUGGACCGCUUCGUCGACUUCGACACCGGUUAUGUCAAUCAGACGGCCAUGAAGGAUCACAUGUUUUAUCAUUCCAGCAUGCUUCGGGUCAGCUAUCCACGCACUACGCUUGACCUGGCUUACCGGGGAGCUCAAGCGCUGCAGGACUGGAUCAUGAAUGACACGAGUCUGUCUCUUCCCGCGAUUGUGCAAUGUGAAGGGCUACAUGGACUGGGACUUCCGAAUGCCACUGUAUUCACCUCCCCCAUUGGAUGGGGAGCAUCCUGGGACAUUGAAUUAGCGGAGCGAGUCGCUGAAACGAUCGGCAAAGAGGCUCGCACACUGGGCAUCACGCAACUCUUUGCCCCCUCAUUGGAUCUUGCCCGAGACCCGAGAAAUGGAAGGGUUGAAGAAUCGUAUUCCGAAGACCCAUACCUAGCGGGAGAAAUUGGAGCCGCAUUUGUACGCGGCCUGUGGAAGUCCAAGGUUGCAUCCACCAUCAAGCAUCUGGCAAGCUAUGGGAACUCGGAGCAGGGGAUCUAUAACGGUCCUGUUCAUGGAGGGCCGCGGGAGCUGCGUACCACUUAUCUUCCUCCCUUCCAGCGAGCGUUGCAGGAGACCGGCGCUUUCACCGUGAUGAGCUCAUACAAUUCAUACGACGGUAUCCCUUCCGUCAGCAACCGGUACCUACUCACGGAGGUGCUGCGCGAGCAAUGGGACUUCCAAUAUUUCGUCACCUCGGACUACGGGGGACCGGAUCGGCUCUGUGGGACGUUCAAGAUGUGUCACAGCAAUCCUAUCGACAAGGAGGCAGUGACCAUGAUGGUGCUGCCAGCUGGUGGGGACACAGAAGGCGGCGGCUCGUUCAAUUUCGAUACAAUCCCCGACCUCGUCUCCAACGGCACUCUGUCUGUCGCGAUUGUGGAUGAAGCAGUGCGACGUGUGCUUCGGGCGAAAUUCGACAUGGGCCUCUUUGAAGAUCCUUUCCCUGCAGCUCCGCCGGCGGAGUGGCCCGCACGCAUCAACACCCCCCAGGCGCUCGAUCUCGCCACGGAGAUGGAUCUUGAGUCGAUUGUGCUGCUGCAGAACCCGGGGAAUAUCCUGCCGCUGGCCCAGAAGCCGCAGAGAUUGGCCGUCAUCGGACCGUUUGCCGACACCAUGAAUUACGGAGACUAUAUCGCCUACCGACCUAACGGCAUCACGCCCAGGCAAGGAAUCCAGGACCUGGCCACCCAGUACGGAGGCGAGGUCACGUACGCCCAAGGCUGCGAAGCCUGGAGCAACGACGAAUCGCGCAUCGGCGAAGCCGUGCAGCAAGCGCAGGCCGCCGACGUAGCCGUUGUGGUUGUCGGCACAUGGACCCAGGACCUUGAGGGGCAGGACAAGGGCCUGAAUGCCACGACCGGGGAAGGCUAUGACGUGAAUGACCUGCGGCUGGUGGGCGCCCAACGCGCCCUGAUUCAACAGGUCCUCGACACCGGGACACCCACCGUCGUGGUCUUUUCGUCCGGGAAACCCAUCACCGAGCCCUGGCUCUCCUCCAACGCGACCGCGACCGCUCUGGUUCAGCAAUUUUACUCCUCGCCCAACGGUGGUGUCGCGCUGGCGGAGGUGCUGUUUGGCAACCAUAGCCCCAGCGGACGCCUUCCCAUCAGCUUUCCGCGCGACGUGGGCAGUCUGCCCGUCGUCUACGACUAUCUGGACUCCGGGCGCGAGGUCCGGACGCCCGGCGCACGCUAUGCCAACGGGAGUCUCAAAUUUGGACGUGACUAUGUGCUCGAUACUCCCGAUGUGUGGUUCGGGUUCGGGCACGGGGAGAGCUACGCGACGUUCGAGUAUAGUAAUGUACAGGUAAUCCCCAAAGCUCCACGGGCGUCCGAUAAUGUGACUGUCACAGUGAAUGUGAGGAAUACGAGUGAUCGGGAUGGGAAAGAGGUCGUGCAGCUUUAUGUGGUCGAUCCGAUCUCCUCGGUCGUCACGCCGAACAAGCAGCUCAAGGGAUUUCAGAAGGUCUUUAUCCGGGCUGGUGAGAGUGUCACCGUCAGCUUGGAGGUCAGUCUGACCAGUUUGGGGUUGUGGAAUGCGGGAAUGCGAUACGUCGUCGAGCCCGGUCAAUUCAUUGCCCAUGUGGGUCGCAGCUCGACGGAUUUGAGAGGGAACGUAUCUUUCUUCGUGGUUUGA